UUUAGGCCGAUCCUCUUUAAAGAAGCGACUUUACAGCCAGUGUAGGAAGGGACGACGAUGGCAGACCCGGCGGUGUCCCGACCAACCACCACCGGAAGCACCUCCUUCUUCCACUCCGCCGUCGCCCUCCUCCUCUACGUCGGCUUCCUCCACAUCAACGCCGCCGUGCUCCUCGGCGCCGCGCUGCUCCUCCCCGCUCGCUACUUCGCCGCGGUCGCCGGCUUCCUCCUCCUCACUCUGGUGAUCCCCGUCGACGACAAGAGCAACUUCGGAAACCGACUGUCAAGGUACAUCCUCAAGCACAUAACUGGCUACUUCCCCAUCACCCUUCACGCCGACGACGUCGACGCCUUCGACCCCAACCAAGCUUACGUGAUCGGUUACGAGCCGCACUCGCUGGUGCCGAUCGCCAACUCAGUUCUCUCCAGCCACGCCGGCCUCUUGCCGCUGCCGAAGAUUAAGGUCACGGCGAACAGUGCUUCGUUCUUGAUCCCGUUCAUGAGGCACAUCUGGACGUGGGUGGGGCACGUGCCGGUGACGAGGAAGAGCUUCCUGAAGUGCUUGGGGGCGGGCUACAGCGUCGUCGUCGUCCCCGGCGGAGUAAGGGAGAUGGUACACAUGGUGCACGAUUCUGAGGUUGCCUACCUCAAAUCAAGAAAAGGGUUUGUUAAAAUUGCCAUCGAAACCGGACGACCGUUGGUCCCGGUUUUUUGCUUUGGCCAGAAUAAGAUAUACAAGUGGUGGAAUCCCGGCGAGAAGCUUUCCGCUAGAAUUUACGGAGCCAUUAAAUUUCCUCCGACAAUUUUUCUAGGAAGAUUUGGAUCGCCUAUUCCAUUUCGUCAUCCACUCCAUAUAGUAGUGGGAAAACCCAUCGAGGUGAAGAGAAACCCUAAGCCAACGCCGGAGGAGGUCGAUGAGGCUCAUGCUCAAUUUGUUCGUGCCCUGCAAGAGCUAUUUGAGAAAUACAAAGCUAAAGUUGGUUACCCUAAUCUCGAGCUUAGGAUCUUAUAAUGUUGUAAUUCGAGUAAACUUCUUGAGUGAUUUUAAAGUAGAAGCAAGACUUUAUCA